AUGGUGGCCAAGAAGAGAACAACACUGAGAAAUAAAGCUGCUUCUAAAAAACCGAAUAAUAGUCUAAAUGGUUCAGAAGCGGUGUUUCACCAACUAUCGACACCAAAUUCCUUCCCAGAGGAUCCAAAAGCAUUUUUACAUCAACUGAGAGAGACUAAGAAGGAAAAGCAAAUGAAUAAGCAAGAUACCUUCUUGACUCAAAUUAAAGAAAGAGCUGCUGGCAAUCCUGAUUUUGCAGGUAUUUCGAAGUCUUCAAUUAGACGUAGGAAAAGAAACAUGAAAAAUGACUUGAAACCAAAGAUGAAUGAUCUGUUGUUGUCUUUGAACAAGGAAGCUGGUUUAAAAGAGAUUUUAGAGAAUGACCACAAAACUGGUAGCCUCGAGGAUGAAGACAUGAUGGUAGAUACUAAUGUUACCAAAAUAACAAAAUCAACAAAAUAUAGACACAUAAAUAAUGAAACCAGUGCUUCGGUUAAAAUCAAAAAAAAUCAACCAAGCAUAAGAAACCAGAAAGGUGCUAAACAAUUAACUAAAGAUGAAUCUAAGAGAUUUGUUCAAGUUCUUAACAAUAAUGCAUUCAAAGCUGAUCCAUUUGGCUCGUUAAAAGAAAUCAUAAAGAUGCAAAAAUUUUAG